AUGGAGAUACAGGGAGUGGAUGUGGUGAUGUUGGGAGGUCGGAGAGGAGGUGAGAGGUCAGGAGAGGCAGAGCAGGUAGGUCGGAAGAGACGGAGAAGGGAGGUCGGGAGAGGUGGUGCAGAAAGGUUGGAGCAGAGGCGGAGAAAGGUCGGGAGAGGCGGUUCAGGGAGGUCGGGUGUGGUGGUGCAGACAGGUCGGGAGAGAGGCGGUGUGCACCAAGCAGAUACAGGAAGUGGGGAGGUCAGGAGAGGCGGUGCGAGGAGGUCGGGAGAGACAGAGAAGGGAGGUCGGGAGAGGUGGUGCAGAAAGGUUGGAGCAGAGGCGGAGAAAGGUCGGGAGAGGCGGUUCAGGGAGGUUGGGUGUGGUGGUGCAGACAGGUCGGGAGAGGCGGUGUGCACCAAGCAGAUACAGGAAGUGGGUGUGGUGGCACAGAGAGGUCGGGAUAGGCGGUGCAGAAAGGUCAGGAGAGACGGUGUGCACCACGGAAAUACAGGGAAUGGGUGUGGAGGUGCAGGGAGGUCGGGAGAGGUGGAGCAGGGAGGUCGGGAGAGACGGAGCAGAGAGGUAGGGAGAGGUGGUACAGAGAGGUCGGGAGAUACAGGGAGUGGGAGUGGCGGUGGAGCAAGGUCGGGUGAGGCGGUGCAGGGAGAGGUGCAGGGAAGUCGGGAGAGGUGGUGCAAGGAGGUCGGGAGAGGCGCUGAGUACCACAGAGAUACAGGAAGUUGGUGUGGCGGUGCAGUGAUAUUGGGAGAGGUGGUGCAGGGAGGUCGGGAGAGGCGGAGCAGGAAGGUCGGGAGAGAGGGAGCAGGGAGGUCGGGAGAGGUGGUGCAGAAAGGUUGGAGCGGCGGCGGAGAAAGGUCGGGAGAGGCAGUUCAGGGAGGUUGGGUGUGGUGGUGCAGACAUGUCGGGAGAGGUGGUGUGCACCACGGAGAUACAGGGAGUCUGUGUGGCAGUGCAUGGAGGUCCGGAGAGGCGGUGCAGAGAGGUCGGAGCGGCAGCGCAGAAAGGUCAGGAGCACCAAGGAGAGUAGGUGUGGCGGUGCAGGGAGGUCGAGAGAGGCAAUGCUGGGAGGUCGGGAGAGAUGGCACAGGAAGGUCGGGAGAGACAGAGCAGGGAGGUCGGGAAAAGUGGUGCAGAAAGGUUGGAGCAGCGGCGGAGAAAGGUCGAGAGAGGCGGUUCAGGGAGGUUGGGUGUGUUGGUGCAGACAGGACGGGAGAGGUGGUAAAGAGAGAUCGGAGCAGCGGCAGAGCAAGGUUGGGGGAGGCGGUGCAGGGUGGUUGGGUGUGGCAGUGCAGAGAGGUCGAGAGAGGUGGUACAGAGAGGUCGGGAGAUGCGGUGUGCACCACAGAGAUACAUGGAAUGGGUGUGGCGGUGCAUGGAGGUAGGGAGAGGUGGAGCAGCGAGGUCGGGAGAGACGGAGCAGCGAGGUCAGGAGAGGUAGUACAGAGAGGUCGGGAGAUACAGGGAGUGGGUGUGAUGGUGCAGAGAGAUCCGGAGAGGAGGUGA